GAUGGAAGUGAAUAAGGACAGUCAAGAUGAAGUAAAAGAUGCUGAUGAGAAACAUCAGUGUGCACAAAAAUCCCAGAAUGUUUCACCAAACGGAGCUCUGAGAACAGGAGAUAAAAAACUUGGAAAGAGAUCCCCAAUAACCGGACACAUGAGAACUCACACCGCAGAGAAACCAUUCACAUGUCAUCAGUGUGGAAAGAGUUGGACAAGAGCAAGUUACUUUAAGAUACACAUGAGAAUUCACACCGGAGAGAAACCCUUCACAUGCAUUGAGUGUGGAAAGAGUUUUACAACUACAAGUUACCUUAAGAGACACAUGAGAAUUCACACCGGAGAGAAACCGUUCACGUGCAAACAGUGUGGAAAGAGUUUGACAAGAGCAAGUCACUUUAAGAUACACAUGAGAAUUCACACCGGAGAGAAACCGUUCAAGUGUCAUCACUGUGAAAAGUGUUUUUCAGACCCAGGUCACUUUAAGAUACACAUGAGAAUUCACACCGGGGAGAAACCAUUCAUGUGUCAACAGUGUGGAAAGAGUUUUACACAAUCAGGAAGCCUCAAGUUUCACAUGAGAAUUCACACUGGAGAGAAACCUCACGCAUGUCUACAGUGUGGAAAGAUUUUUACAAACACAAGUCACCUUAAGAGACACAAGAGAAUUCACACCGGAGAGAAACCUCACGUAUGUCAACAGUGUGGAAAGACUUUUACACAAACAGGAAACCUUAAAACACACAUGAGAAUUCACACCGGAGAGAAACCUCACGCAUGCCUACAGUGUGGAAAGAGUUUUAAACGUAUAAGUCACCUUAAGACACACAUGAGAAUUCACACUGGCGAGAAACCUCACGCAUGUCUACAGUGUGGAAAGACUUUUACAAACACAAGUCACCUUAAAGAACACAUGAGGAUUCACACUGGAGAGAAACCUCACAAAUGUCUACAGUGUGAAAAGAGUUUUACUUCUGGUGGUCCUCUAAAGAUUCACAUGAGAAUUCACACCGGAGAGAAACCUUACGCAUGUCUACAGUGUGGAAAGACUUUUACAAACACAAGUCACCUUACAGAACACAUGAGAAUUCACACCGGAGAGAAACCUCACGCAUGUCUUCAGUGUGGAAAGACUUUUACAAAUACGAGUCACCUUAAGAGACACAUGAGGAUUCACACUGGAGAGAAACCUCACAAAUGUCUACAGUGUGAAAAGAGUUUUACUUCUGGUGGUCCUCUAAAGAUUCACAUGAGAAUUCACACCGGAGAGAAACCUCACGCAUGUCUUCAGUGUGGAAAGACUUUUACAAAUACGAGGAGUCNUGGAGGCAGCAAACGAAACCAACCAAACAGUCAACAGGAAACCGAUGCUUCCGAAGAUGACCCACUAGACCGACAGGAGAAAACCUUUCCAGGCUUGUACACGAGACUGACGGGAAAAUUCACUGGAAGAAGAUCCACUUUAUCCGGCAGGAGAGGAAAAAUCCACACUGGAACCCACUGA